GUGUGGGGGCUCGGCGCUCCGAGACUUGUUGCAGUUAGAAAGUGUCACUGUAAAGCGAUCAUAUUUGUUUAUGCUGGUGAUUGAAAUGGAUAUUUUACGAGACGAUGAGGUGCAUGAGCUCAAAUACAAACCCGGGGGUCGCUUGGACAUGAGCCACGGCUUCCUGCACCACAUACGGAGGAACCAGAUUGCGAGAGAUGACUACGACAAGGAGGUGAAGCAAGCCAAAGAGCUCCAGCGGCGGAGACACACUACAACCCCAAGACGCCCUCGUCGCCCUGACAUCCAAGUAUACCAUCCUCGAAGAAGAUAUGGAUCAGAGCCAGGAGCCGGUGCUGAGACCGAGGAGUGGAACGAGAGCGGGUCGAGCACAGAGACAGAGACCCACGGGACCGAGCUCUUCUGGCUUGACUACCAGGCCGACUCUGGUACCAUCACCUCCUUCAUUGUCCACAAGGAGGAUAAGCCAGAGAAGGUGGUGCAGCGUGUUGCAGAGAAGAACUUCCUGGACUCGGCCAUGAGGGCAGCGCUACAGGCCCGCAUUCAAAAGGAAAUGGACAAACGGCGAGACAAACGCUGAGUCAUGCUUUAGAAAGGAGGAUCAUGUUGACAGAGGAGCGAGAAGGGGAGGCCUGUGGAGCAAAACAUGGCUUAAUGUUUUGUGUUCCUGAUAAUCAUUGACAGUAUUGACAAUGUUAAAGUAAUACUGUGGUCCGGCAUCCGUACAGUGAGCAUCAUUGGAAAUCUACAUUGAUAUCCAAUAAUCAAGACGACUUGACAGUCCUCAUGUUUACCACAAUACUCUGGACUGUUACCUCAGAGCCUGAGCCGCUUCAUUAGGGACACACUGUACACCUCUGAGCUGAAUGGGCCUAUAAACAUUUGUUGGACCUCUCUAAACGACAGGUUGGGCGAAUGUAGAUGUUUGUUUGUUUGUUUUUUAAAUAUAUGUGUAAGUACAGUUCAGAAAUGUCUAGAUACUCUUUCACAGAGCGCAGUUAACCCUCCUAAACCAUGGAACGCGUGCUGUGUGUUUACAAACAUCCACGUUUUUAUAGAUAGGAUGUAAAGUUUUUGUUAAAGUGCUGUGAAUGGAACAUCAACCCAUCUACAUACUGUUACACUAAAAAAUGUGAGAGUUUAAUUUUCUGUCAUUCAGAAUUACAUUUAAUUUCAUUUAUCAUGUCAUAUUUUUUAAGAGCACAUGGAGUUCUGUGGAUGUAGCCGUUAUUGUUCCUGUGACAACUGUGUUUCAUGGCAUCCUACGUUUUAAUUUAUUUUAGGCUUUUGAGAGAGCUUUAUUUUUGAUACUGUAAUAUUUUUGGGGACAUAUGUCCUUUUGUCUCAGUACACAUAAAAGCCAUAUAUUACUUUCUAAAGAUGCUUGGGUCUGUGCAUAACGAAUUCAAUUGCCUUCAUCAGUGUUUGUUUGAGUUUUUUGGAUUACUGGAGAAACACAAAUUUGUGGAAAAUUUGAGGUCAGCAUUUAGUUGAGUCUGUUAUGACAAAGAAUGAGCAAAGUCAUCCUGUUUACGUGGACUUGUGAGGAAAUGUCAGUUAUUAAGCAGCUGAUACUAAGUCAUACAUUAAUCGUAAUGAAAUGAAGCAACACUCAUGUUAGUAGUGCUUAAAGUACCUUUCAGCAGGUGGCAGUAUAAAUCUGUAUUCUGUCUCCAGGGAAAUCCCAAACUAUUUGCCUCCUGCUCCUAACUUUACUCCGAGUGUGCUGACCUCUGUUUGUAAAAACACUCAAAUUAACACACAAUUACAAUGCAACCUGCAGUAUAAGCAAUACUCUACAACACUAACUGAAGCAUGUUUUUGAUUCUAGGUGCACUGCUGACCGGUUCAUUUUAAUUUCGCCAAUAAAUAAACCAGACACAGUUAUUCCCAUACA